AUGAGUCUAUCACCGACAUCAUCAUCUAGUCCUGAUCAUAACAAAGAGAAACCGACUAAUGACAAAAAUUCACACGAUGUGUCCACAAGAGAUGCAUUGUUAAAAAAACUUGAUGAAAUUCCAUAUGAUCAAUUAAAACAAAUAGUGACUAAUCAACUAGAUUUGGAAAUAAGAUUGAAGCAUAAAGAAUUGAAUAUGAGUGAUAAUGAAAUAAGUAAGAUAGAAUCACAGUUAUUAGUACUACGAAAUUUUUUGAACAUACAGAAUGACCUCGAUUUACCUGAUCAACCCAACGAAUUAACUACAAAAUAUUACACAUUAUUAAAUCAAAAUCUUACUGCAACAUAUAAUAAAUUUAAAACACUACCGGAUAAUGCAUCAUAUGAAUACGGCCCCACGGGAAAUACUGAAACAGUUUCACAAUCAAAUCAUUCGUAUAGAACAAGAUCAACUACAUCUUCAUUACGUCCGUCACUGACUACAAUUUCCACACCAAAGCAUGUUAAUUUGGGAUGUUUAUAUCGGAGAACAGACGGUGUAGUUGUUAGACUCAUUUGUCCAGAUUGUCUUCGAUCUAAUUUUUCAUCAGCUCAGGGGUUUUUGAAUCAUAGUAGGAUAGCUCAUUCAAAAGAGUAUACAUCUCAAGAUGCAGCUGCUUUAAAAUGUGGUGAAGUUACACCUGAAAUUCCUCAAGAUUCAGUAGGGGAAAAUAGUAUAAGAAUAUUAAAUGAAAAAGGACUUGAUCCUGCAAAGAAUUUGAAUAUAAAUGAAAUAUUAAUAACAUCAAUCACUAAUCCUACGAUACCAAGCGCUAUUGAAUCUAAUCAAGAGCGGUUUGAAUUUCCCAAAUCUGAGACUACAGUUCAAGAAACAACAAACUCAAAUACAAGUCCAACUACACUGAAUGAAUUAAUGAAAAAGCUAGUUAGAGAGGGCAAAAUGAAAUCAGCGGAAUAUGAAUCCUUAUUAUCCGAAACGAAACUACCUGUCAAUAAUGCUCAUUUAUUUGAAGAUGAAUCAGAAGAAAGUGAAAGCUCAUUGAGUGCUGGACCGAGCUCAACUUCAAUUGAUAAAUUAAACGACAAAAAACGAAGACAAAGCAGGGGCGGUAUAAAUAUUAAUAUUUCAAGUAUUGAUGGUCCAGAUGAGAAGAAAAGUAAACGAAACUGA